CAUUUUCUCUUUUGGUUUCAGGCUUCACCCACUGCUUCACAUUAAUGUACAUGUUAACAUUUACUGAGAAAAGUAAACGUUUAUUUUUGAAUUUGUUUGCAGUUCUACUGAAAUGGACACUGAGUUUCUUUGUAAUUUCAGUUGUUUUGACGUUGAAGCUGCAGAGAUGAUGGAUCCAGGGGCAGACUGUGACAUCGGGCAGGCAGCUCUUGAGUGUCGAGGAGUCACUCUCUCCUACGCAAAGCUGAAAGUACUCGAUAACCUUAACCUGACCCUGCCACAGGGCCAGAUAUACGGGCUGCUAGGUCCCAGCGGUUGUGGCAAAACAACCUUUCUCCGGUGUGCUUUGGGAAGAUUAAACAUCUCAAAGGGGAACAUUACAAUCCUGGGGAAGCGUCCAGCAUUCCCGGGUCACCAGGUACCAGGCAGGAUGGUGGGAUACAUGCCUCAGGAAUUAGCCUUAUACAAUGAGUUUACCAUUCAGGACACAUUUUGGUUCUUUGGUCGAAUCCAUGGACUGAGCAGCAAUGACAUUGAAUCACGUCUCUCAUUCCUAGUAAACUUUCUCGAUCUUCCUGAAAAGAAGAAACUUGUCAAACAUCUCAGCGGUGGACAGAAACGGCGUGUAUCCCUCGGAGCUGCCCUACUCCAGGAACCUCAGCUUCUCUUAUUGGAUGAGCCAACUGUUGGAGUGGAUCCUGUUUUACGAGCUAGGAUAUGGCAACAUCUGCUGGAUGUGGUGAAGGAUCGAAAGGUAUCAGUGAUCAUAACAACUCAUUACAUCGAGGAAGCAAGCCAGGCUCAUGUGGUUGGGUUAAUGAGGAACGGUAAGCUGCUGGCAGAGGCUCCACCGGAUUAUUUAAUAAGAUUCCACAAUGUAGCAACUUUGGAGAAUGUGUUCCUAAAGUUGUGUAAAUCCUCAGAUCAAUCAUCUGCGCAGGUCUCUGCUACCGCCUGGCACAGGACCCAGAGCCCCCAAGGGGACAGUGAGGAGGAAACUAGUCCCCUGCUCCCACAGCCAGUUGUCCCCAAGCUCCCAGUCAGCUGCCGGCAGUGGGUGAAAAGCCUGGUUCCUAAAUGGAGGAAUAUCAUGGCUUUAAUCAUUAAAACGUUCACCAGAAUCCGGAGGAUGCCUGGGUUUCUUGCUUUCCAGUUCCUGCUGCCAGUCUUACAGAUCUCCCUGAUCUGUCUCUGCAUUGGACACACUCCUGAGAAGCUGCCUGUUGCCGUGGUGAACAAUGAUACAGGACGACCCUCCCUGAGCCAGACCUUCCUGCUGCAGUUCGACAAUGAAACAAUUGUCCAGAUUAAUGUGAAUCAGUUAGAGGCCAUUCAGGGAAUAAUGGAUGGGAAAUACUGGGCAGCUCUAGGCUUCGGAACAAACUUCACUCAAGACCUUCUUUUAAGGGCAACUGAGAAGGUAGCGGAUGAAAGAAUAAUUGAUGGGGGUUCAGUCCAUGUCUGGCUAGAUAUGACCAACCAAGAAAUUGCAUUCACUAUCAAAGUCAAGCUGCAAGAAGCUUUUGAGGGGUUUGUUAAGGUGGUCCUGGGAAAGGCUUCAUAUCUGUUCUCUCCUCCAGUGAAGUUUGAAGAGCCAAUCUGUGGGAAUAAACAUCCCGAUUUUACAACAUUUAUAGUUCCUGGGACGAUCUUAAGCAUCACUUUUUUCUUGGCUCUUGGUUUGACUGCUCUCUCGUUUGUGAUCGAAAAGAGGGAGGGUUUACUGGACAGGAGCUGGGCUGCAGGCGUGAGUUCCCUGGAACUGAUACUGGCUCACACUUUUUCCCACCUCCUAACGAUGAUUAUUCAGAUAACAUUGUUACUCAUCUUUACAUUCCUGGUUUUCAAGAUUCCCAAUGAAGGUUCCUUGCUUGUGAUCGUAAUCCUGAUCUUAAUGCAGGGCAUCACUGGAAUGGCUGUGGGGCUCAUCAUCUCAGCUUCAUUCGAUGAUGAACAGUCAGCGGCCCAGGUUUCGCUGGGGAUCUUCUAUCCUUGUAUAGUUCUGAGCGGAAUCAUUUGGCCCCUUGAAAGUAUCCCAUAUCCCCUGAGGUAUGUGAGUUUCAUCUUGCCACAAACAUACGCAUCAGAGGCACUCCGAGGUGUGACUGAUCGAGGAUGGAACUUCUCUCACUGGCUGGUAUGGAGCAGCUUCCUAAUUACUCUGGCUAGCAGUGCAUUCUUCCUUUUCUUGGCGACGGUGAUAAUGAAAAUAAGAAAAUAGUGACGGAACAACAUGGAGCAGUGAGCAGCUCUUACCUAGAAAGGCCAUCUCCUGAACAAGGAGGGCUGCGAACAUUUGUUAAAUUGAAUUCGAGUGAGAUUGUAAAUGUGAAAAUGAAGGUUGGUCCCGCUGCUUUUAACACUUUCCCUUGAUUUUAUGAAAUGCUCAGAUGGAAACGAUUUGUAAUGAACAUGAGUCAUUCUUAUGAUGUACAUCUGUCAAUCUUUCUGAUUGUUGCAUCAGAAACUUGUUGACCUGAUGUUGCCUGAUUGUUCCUGCUCAGUCUUCUCUCUUCAAACUGUGAUAAUGCAGUAAAGGUGACAAUACAGAACUUGGUUACUGCUGGAAAAGAGAGACAUGUCAAAGCAUUCCUCUUUCACACUCAUCAGGAGAGAUGCAGCAAUGCCAAGUCUCAAAGGGAACCACAAUUUAUUAUAUAGUAGUGCCCACCAGGGAUAAUAGUGCCCCCUGGACACAUUCCUUGUGUAUGCAGAGGACUGCUCCCUGCACAUGAAUAUGUACAGAUUCCAGCAAGCAGGAGUGAAUCUCUUGCAAGAUCAAUUGAUCUCACGGAAAUGUAUCAUAUUCCUCAGGGUUUUGACAGGGUUGGUUUUGGGAAAAUGUUUUCCCUGGCUGGAGAGCCUUGAACACAAGACACCAUUUCGGGAUAUAAGUUCAAUCAUUUAGGACUGAACUGAGGAGAACUUUCAUGAUCUAAAGGGUUGGGAAUCUUUGGAAUUCUUUUGCCCAGUGCGUUCUGAAUGGUCACUCACUGGGUGUAUUUAAGAUGGCGAUCAAUAAAUUCUUGGGUAUCAGGAAGAAUUGUGGGGACUAUGGGAAUAGAAUGGAGUUGAGGUAGGAGAUUGGCUAUGCCCAUAUUGAAUGGGAAGUGGGCUGUAUGGCCUUUCCUAAUAUCUGUUUCUUAUGGUCUCAAGGGUCUACCGAACUGAGAUAGUACUCCAUAGAUCUGACAGUGUCUUUGGAAAGAGAAACAAUGUUAACAUCUUGUGUUGAGUCUAACUAACAGUCAAACUGGAGAAACUCUGUUUCUCUCACCACAAACACUGCCAGACCUGCUGAGCUUCUCUAGCACUUUUUGUCUUUAUUUCAGAUCUGCCCGGUGGGAUAGUGCCUACAUGCCCAUGUAAAUGCCAUAACACUUUGUCUUUUGAAGCAAAACACAGCCCUCUAAGGCCAGUUACUGGCGUGUGUCUCUCAGCCUGCUGCACAUUAGUUACCCAUUAGCAAAAAGACAGAACAAUAUGAACACAUGGUAUAGUGGAUGGAGGUUGCAUGUCUAGUGUGGUAUAGUUCACUGGAAGAAACACAUUCCACAAACAAACUGCCUCAUCUGACAGUCCCACUUCAUUAUUACUGUAAACAGAAGUUCAUGUUUCUUUCAAUAGAGCUUUCAUAAACAAUUCUGAAACAAAUGGUUCCAGUGUUAGCUUUAGGUACGUCUGUGUAAAAUAAUGAUGCCAUAACAUCUUCCUGUUACUAAGGAAACAUCCUAGUAAAGUGAACUAUGUUGCUAAGUAAACAGUUAAUAAUGCGAUAUCAGCACUGCUCUUGAAUGCCUUUUGAUUCCAUUAAAUUUCAGGAGAUGGUUUAAGACAGCCUGGUGUUUCUAUCCGAAAAGCAGAGAAAGGAAUGUGUUCAUUAAGCCUGUACCAGACUGCCAUGUCUGGUACAGGCUUAAUGUCUGUCCAUUUGGAAUGUCCUGAGGUAGUGGGAUUUCAGUCAAGGUGGCACAGUAGAAACUGACCUCAAAAGCUACCAAACUACACUCAGCUUGGGGGCUGCUGUAGUUAUUGACACAAUGAGUGACAGUUCCCUCCAAUCUCUCUCUGCUCGUUGAAUGAGGCAGUAGCUUACAAAGUGUGAAAAGGGAAAAAAGAAAUUUUAUUGCUGUCCUCUAAAAUAUAUCAGGAAUUCAAAGUUAGUUUUUUAAAAAGUUAUUGUUCAGAUAAUGGUGACACCCUCACAUUUCAUUUGUGUUUAUCAUCUACACAAAAAAAGAUAAAUUGUUUGGACCAAGUUGUAUUUUUAACUCAAAAUACUCAGUCUGAUCAUUCUCAUCCCAAUGUGCCUGACAAACUGGAAGUGAUUUGAAUAUGACCUGUUAUUUUUAAAGCAAUGUUCAGAGUGAAAUUCUAGUGAUGCAGUGUUAGUCAAUAAAUAGAUUUAUAAACAAAUCUGUUACUGUAAAACUGAUCUUUGAAUAGGUUCUCACUUGUUUCAAAUCUUCACCUAUAGAAUCAUAGAGGCAUAGAGCUGUACAGCACGGAAACAGACCCU